AGGAGGCAGAGUGCAAAAAGAAUGGCAACUGGCAAAGUAGCUGAAUAUUUAGAUGAGGAUUUAGUUUGCUCUGUUUGUUUGGAUUUGUUUGAAGACCCUGUAAUACUGGAAUGUGGACAUAAUUUUUGCAGAUCAUGCAUAGAUAAAGUAUGGGACAGAGAGGAAAUUCUCUCCUGUCCGGAGUGCAGAGCAGACUGUCCAGUCAAGAGAUACACUAUCAACAGGCUGUUAGCUAAAAUGGUAGGGAAAGCUCAAGUUAAACAGGAAGAAACGAAGGGUAGAAAACCACAACAAGGACAGAAAAGUCACUGUGAACCUGGAUCACAGCAAUGCCUGGAACACAAGGAGGGGCUGAAAUUAUUUUGUAAGGAGGAUGAAAGUCCCAUAUGUGUCAUCUGUGUGGUAUCACAAAAACAUGCAGGCCAUACUUUCCUUUCGCUGCGAGAAGCUGUCAGCAUGUUUCAGGAAAAGAUGAAAACUGCUACAGAUGUUCUACGAUUAAAAUUGGAAUACAUUACAGUGCUCCAGCUUAAGCAGGAAGGAAAGAUCUCUUAUAUCCAGGACAAAACCCACAGUCUGGAACAAAACAUUACAACAGAAUUUGCCAGACUUCAUCAGUUUCUCCAGGACAAAGAGCAGCAGCUGAUACAACAGCUCAAGGAGGAAGCAAAUGGAAUUCUAGAAAAAAUGAAGAAAAGUCUUAAUGAAAUUCAAAAAAUGGCAGAAGUUAUUCAAAGGCAAAUAUCAGACAGCCAUUCAACAUUGCAACAGGAAGAUCCUCUGCAUUUUCUCUCAGUGGCCCAGAGAGAGACUGGAGAAGAUAUGGAGAAUUCCCCGCGAGAAAUGGUGAAAUCUGUUGAAAUGGUAAAAUUGCUACCAGAACUGGACGUUAAUGAGCAACAAAUGAAGAAUUUGUUUGUACCAGAGGGGAAGAAAGUGUCAGAGCAAAGUAAUAUAGUAGAGAUAAUGCAGAUCAACUCUGAGGAAAUUUUUCAGCAGAGAUUCUCUUUUUCUGGUGAGAAAAUUGCCGAAGAUUUAGCUUUUGUUGUCUGUAUCUCCAUUGUAGUAGAAUCAAUUGAAGAUUUUAGCUGCCUGGCCAUGUGGUCUUCAGAGUGCAGCAGCAAGGUUAGGCCUUAUAGAUCACAAUUUAUAUUCAUUCAGCAAAUAUUUCAGUGCAAUCAACUCACCAAAAAGGUGCAUAACAUUAAAAUCAUGUUAUUCUCUUCUACACAGAGUCUCAAGAGUGAAACAGAAAGGAACAAAGAUUGUCAAGAAGUGCAAACUGAUGCUGUAGAACUGAUUUCUGAAGAUCUGACGCAGGGGAUGUAUAAAGGUCCUCUACAGUACAAGGUCUGGAAGGAGAUGCUAUCCAUCCUCUUCCCUGUUCCAUCACCUCUGACCCUGGAUCCUGACACAGCAUAUCCUUAUCUCAUUCUGUCUGAGGACCUGACCAGUGUUAGAGAUGAUGACGUUAUACAGCAUCUCCCUGACAAUCCUAAGAGAUUUGAUUGUUACAUCUCUGUACUUGGGAAAGAGGGCUUUAAUUCAGGGCGACAUUACUGGGAGGUGGAGGUGAAGAACAAGACUGAAUGGGAUGUGGGUGUCACCAGAGAAUCCAGCAACAGGAAGGGAGAAUUUGAAAUGAAUGCAAAGCAUGGAUAUUGGAUGAUGAUGCUGAGGAAUAAGAAUGAGUACACAGCUGAAGAUUCAUCAUUGAAGAAUGUAACCCACACUGUGAAACCCCAACGGAUCGGAGUGUACCUGGACUAUGAAGGGGAAGAGGUCUCAUUGUAUAAUGCUGACAACAUGUCCCAUAUCUACACCUAUACUGACAAGUUUACUGAGACAAUCUAUCCUUACUUCAGCCCCGGUCUUAAUUAUAAGGGAGAAAAUUCAGAGCUCUUGAAACUAUUUCACUUGAAACUGUAA